AUGGACGUACUUGAUCUGAUUCGAAUUAUAUGCAAGCGACCUUCGGCAGACAACAAGAAUCUUGCAACAUACGACGACACAGAUAUUGAGCAGAUUGAGAAUCUCAGACACCGUCUUCAAGAGGCUGUUGGAGAGUAUGGGACUUUUCAUAGUACCUCAGAAGCACCAUUGACCAGAAACCAAAUGCUGGCCUACUUAUACCGAUGUGCUGCAUUGGUAUACAUGAAUCGCGCAGUAUUGAAGGUAUCCACUACUUCAUUUCAGCACCGAAGACUAGUCAGGGAGGGUUUACUGGUUCUACAAAACCUUGGCUUUUGUGAAAGUGCGUGGCCGAUGAUCAUUUUAGCUUGCGAGGCCAUUGAAGAUGAUCAACGUCUUCAAAUAUUAGACACUCUUUCGAAAACAGGUCGAGAACCGCUGUACCGAUCAAAUAAUGUCCCUUUGAUUCAUAGCAUGAUUGAGACGAUUUGGAAACAGAUUGAUCUCAGCUAUGACAGUGACGUUGACUACACCAGGACACUCCAUGCUGUUGUUUCAACUGCGCCAGCUUUGCCGCUCUUUGCCUAA